AUGAGACAGCUCUGGACGUUCCCACAUGGCUCUGCUGUACACCGAGCUGGCGGCAAGGUUACCAUGACACCAUCGUCGCGACGCCGGGUUGUCAUGCAGCUCCAGAAUGUGAAACGAUCGAGUCGUGCCAAAGUCAAAAAUGCUGGGCGGUCGAAGAUGAGGACAGCUGAAUGCCUAGCUUCUUCGGAACAGUUAGUUUACGCGGUUUCUGUGGAGUCAGCUGGAAAGACACCGCGAGCCAGGAGCAGCUGA